UUCGGAAGUAGGCCUAAUGCGUUGAGAAAACGUCAACGUAAUUCAAUACAUGUACAAAUUGCCUCGGAAAUGCGUAGGGUAUUCUGAAAUUUACAUUCGACUUUCUCAAAAUCGUCGCCGUAAGACAUUUAUUUUGAAAUAUGAGCGGAUAUAGUAGCCUACCUAUUUUCUAUUCUGGCAGUCCUGACAUUGGUGACAAAAUCCACUGUGCGCUCCGCGGUAGCCGCACAUCGGGCAGCCAGCGCUGUUAACGCACCGGCUGACCAGAGAGGAGAGAGAGGACCCAGAGGACCUACAAUAUUAUCAUUAAAAAAAUUAAGCUUUCAAUUAAACUUAGUGUCUCCCCUAAUUCCAGAACUAUUCCGGAGAAAUGGAAGAUUUGGGGAAAGUAUUUUCAUUUAACCACAGGUCUCCAGACAUGUUUGACUCCUGGAUAAAGUGGAGCAGAACGUUGGGUCGCGUAAUUGGAUUUGUUCGUUAUUGUUCCUGUGCGUGAAAUGAAAAAGGUCUACAAUGAUUUUGGCUUUCUAUUAACUAUGGGCGCGCAUAUUCUGGUCUCAAACUCCAGCGCCAACCUGACUCCUGCGGUGUCCGAGGCUGGGACCGUCCUCCCGGGCCACCUGGCGGUGAUCUUAUCGGUCCUCAUGGUGACUCUGGUCGUCGUCGUGGUGGCAGGAAAUGCGCUGGUCAUCAUGGCUUUUAUUGUGGAUAAAAGUCUGAGAAAUCAAAGCAACUACUUCUUUCUGAACCUUGCUAUAUCUGAUUUUCUCGUGGGUGCCUUCUGCAUCCCGGUGUACAUCCCGUACAACCUGACAGGCCGGUGGAUGCUGGGUAAGGGGCUCUGCAAGCUGUGGCUGGUUAUGGACUACCUGCUCUGCACUGCCUCAGUCUUCAACAUUGUCCUCAUUAGUUAUGACCGCUUCCUGUCAGUCACAAGAGCAGUUAAAUACAGAGCGCAGCGAAACAUGACCCGUCGGGCUGUGUUCAAGAUGGUGGCGGUGUGGGUGUUGGCCUUCCUCCUUUACGGCCCCGCCAUCAUCUUCUGGGAGACGAUCGUUGGCGAGAGUGUCGUCCCCAGCCACGAGUGCUAUGCCGAGUUUUAUUUCACCUGGUACUUCCUGCUCAGCGCUUCGACCUUUGAGUUCUUCACCCCGUUUGUGUCCGUGGCGUUCUUCAACCUGAGCAUUUACCUGAACAUCCAUCGCAGGACCAGGGACGGCGGCGCCUGCGCCGACGACGACGCCAAGCCGCAGAGGAUCGGUAAGAAGCAGAGGGACGGAGCAGCCUGGUCCGUGUUUUUUGUGAAGACUCGAAAGGUGUCUUCCAGCGAGCCUACUGCCAUCUCUGCGGUUAUCGAGGACGACGACGUCCUGUCCCCUUCUUCCUGCAUGGACCCUAAUAACAGUCAGGUAUUCAUGCAGAGGGAUAAGUUCUCUCCCGACAGAAGAAACUCCAGGCCGUUUCAGCACACGGCCUCGUGCAUGGCGCCUGGCCGUAGGAAACAGAGAUCUCGUCUGACUCGAGACAAAAAGAUCGCCAAGUCUUUGGCCAUUAUUGUCUGCAUCUUUGGGAUUUGCUGGGCUCCUUACACUCUGCUAAUGAUUAUCCGCGCCGCCUGUAGCGGUGAAUGUGUGGCCAACUACUGGUACGAGAUUACGUUCUGGCUUCUGUGGCUGAACUCGGCCAUCAACCCGUUCCUUUACCCUCUGUGCCACAGCAGCUUUCGAAGGGCUUUCUCGAAGAUACUGUGUCCGAAAAGACAAUCAGUCCAGCCUCAGAUUGAGGCUCAGUCUUGUUAGAUGAACUCAAUUGCACUUCCAUGCUUUUAUGAAUGCAGUAACUGUUGUUGGGUCAAACACUGUAAAAAUCCAUAUACUGUUCUUCCAUCAAAAAAAAAGAAGAAAAAAAGAAUCCAGUUUUCAAAAAUAACAGAAAUUGUUGAGGAUUGUCACAGCAUAUCUGACAGCAAUAUGACAAUUCAACACAGCCAUGAAAAGGUGCGAGAAGACGAACUGCAGUUAUAAUAUUCACAGACAAUCUCUGUAAGUAGGACAGGCAGAAGGGACGUGGUUUAAGCUUUAUCACCACUCACUUCUCUAUGUCCUCAAUGCUGUGAAAUGAUGACUUGAGCCAGAUUGUGGGUGAUGAUUACAGUAUCAUUUAAUCUGAGAUGCAAGGGAGAACUACAGCACCACCAAGUUGUUAAAUUAUGGUCUGUCUGCUUGAAAAGCACAGCGGAGGGAGACAGCAGCUUCAGAUAACAUCCCGUCCCUCACAGGGCUGCUGUGACGAGAAAACCUUUUCAACUCUUAUUUAGAUCAAAUGGAGGAUGUUAUGGUAUUUUAAGGAUUUUAUAAAGUUUCAUAAUCUCUCUGAAACCCUGGCCUUUUGCAUAUGUCUUCAAAAAGAUGCUUUGCAAAUUCAAGCUUUUUUUUAUCAUGCAGCAAUAGGAUGACAAAUGUGGAGUCCUCACAUUUCAAAGCACCUGAAGAGAGGAGGCGUACCUGGACUUGUUUACUGUGGUUUAUCACAGUGAUGUUGUAUUUCAUUUUAUCUGAAAAGUGGGCCAGGAUCAUGGGGAAUCAGCUGUUAUCUGCCAACACCGAAUCUGCACUUUUUAAUGAGGUGUUCUUGUUGAUGUUAAA